GUGGAGAAAUGUGGUGCGGAUUCUCUCUGCUGAUUUUAUGCUGUGCUGUUAGUGGUCUUGAUGCUCGAGAGGCGGACAGAAGCGAUGACCCCUCGCUUCGGAAGAUGCUGUUGACCGAAGCAGCAGAGCGGGGCACUCCGGACAGGGAUGCUCCCUCCGCGGCUAAAGUGGGGAGCAGUCCGCGGGGAGGGGAGCAGCUUUCCCCGGGGACAGACGCUCCUGGUGCGGAGGGGAGAGCUCAACCCACCGCCGAGCCUCUGGAAGAUGAGCUGGAUAACCAAGAGAAUAUCAUUAGCCAGUUGCUGGGCGAUUACGACAAAGUUAAGACUGUGUCAUCAGGGUCCGACUGUGUGUGUCGCUGUAUCGUUCGACCAAUCAAACGCUCUGACUGCAGCCGUAUCCAUGACAGCGACCUGGCAUCACCAUCCCGGGACUUUUACACCGUGGAGACAGUUACCAAAGGAACAGACUGCAAGAAGUGUGUGUGCAUGGCUCCGGCUUCAGCCGUCAACCCCUGUGAAGGAGAGUACAGGUUCAAAAAACUACAAGACGCCAGCAAAGACGACAUUAAGCUGGCGACUAUCAUUGACCUGUUGGAGGGCUCUCUGUACGGACUGGACUUGUUGAAGCUCCACUCGGUCACCACCAAGCUGCUGACCAGGGUGGACAACGUGGAGAAGGCUUUUGCCCGUAAUUUUACUGAGAAAGCAAGAGAGAAAGAAUGUGGGAAGGAAAGAGCGAAAGAGAAGAAGCCUCAGCAGAAAAAAAAGAAAGUGAAUGAUUUGGAGCGUACAGGACAGAAAAGUGGAGCCGCUGCCUAUGGCGACAAACAGAAAUGUGAAGUUCUGUCGCAGAAGAAUCCCUUAGGAUCACAGAAUGAUGGUCUGGAACAACAACAACAGCUAACCAGGAAUAAGACAGGAACUCAAAAGCCAAUCAAAGACCAGACAGAGCCAAAGCAGCCAAUCAAAGACCAGACAGAGCCAAAGCAGCCAAUCAAAGACCAGACAGAGCCAAAGCAGCCAAUCAAAGACCAGACAGAGCCAACGCAGCCAAUCAAAGACCAGACAGAGCCAAAGCAGCCAAUCAAAGACCAGACAGAGCCAAAGCAGCCAAUCAAAGACCAGACAGAGCCAAAGCAGCCAAUCAAAGACAAGAACAGCAUGAUCAUCAGGGGUGUGACCUUCUACAAAGCAGAGGAGAGCUACAAAGAGGAGGACAAGGAAGGGAAAGGAAAACCUACAACCCUAUCUACAAAUGUAUCGGUGGACUUACUGAUCUCUAACCCGCUCCCACCUACCACGACUUUCCCCACCAAAAGUCCAGGACCUUCAACCCCUAUUAGCACCCAACUAGACCUCACUACACAGCCUACCCGGCACGCCAAUCAGGGUCCCACCUCACUCUCUGAUAUCAACAUAAGUCCACCUACUGAUGCGUCUCCCACAGCAGAGUCUCGGCCAGGACCCAAAAGUCGACUCAGCUGGACGGAGAACCCCGCUGACCAACCAAAGACCACAAAAAAGCCUGCAGUGUGUAAGGACACAUUAGCCAGUAUCUCUGAACCGGUUCAGCUGAACUCUUAUGGCCUUAGUGACGGGGCCUGGAUGAGAGAUGCUCGCGGCCAUGGCAACGUCAUCUACCUUACUAAUGGUCACUAUGGCAACAACCUCCUGGAGUUCCGAGACAUGGACACCUUCAAAUCAGGUCAGGCAAGUAAUUCAUACAAGCUGCCCUACAGUUUCACUGGAACAGGCCACGUCGUGUUUAAUGGAGCUUUCUACUACAACCGGGCCUUCAGCAGGGACGUCAUCAGAUAUGACCUGAGACACAGAUAUGUAGCUGCCUGGACCACUCUGCAUGAUGCUCUAUUGGAGGAGCAAGUUCACAGGACACAAACGGAAGUGGAGUUUGCUGUUGAUGAGUCUGGCCUGUGGCUGCUCUACCCCGCUCUGGACACGGAGGGUUUCCACCAGGAAGUAAUCCUGCUCAUCCACCUGCGCCCCCGAGACCUGCAGCCAAUACAGAGCUUCCGCACAGGUCUUCGCCGCGGUCGCUACGGAAACAGCUUCCUGGUUUGUGGCGUGCUUUAUGCAGUGAACAGUAUGAAGGAUCGCCACGCUAAUGUGACAUACGCCUUUGACACACACACGCUCACACACACUGUGCCGAGUCUGGCGGUCACGAACAUGCACGCACACAUCUCUCAGCUGGCUUACUGCCCACUAGACAAGAAACUGUACGCGUGGGACAAUGGACAUCAGAUGACGUAUGACGUUGUCUUUGCUUAUUAGAACAAUGAAAGGACACAUACAUAGUUGAACAGCAAUUUAGCAUAUCCAGCAAGAGGUCCAGAAGACAUAAGAUAAUAACUGAACAGAUAUUUCAUCAGUGUUUUGUAUCUGAUUGACUGUGGAUCAGUCUAACUGAAUGUGUUUUUAUAUUGACCUGAGCUGCUGCUUUGUCACACACACACAAAAGUCAGUAUCAAGCAGCAACAUAUUCACAUUUGGGAGAAA